AUGGCGAAUUAUGCUGAGGAAAAGUUCACCAUAUUACAACAGACAUGUACGUAUGUCAUACAAGAUGUCAUACCACAAGGCAGUUGGCUUGGCAUCGUUACCUUCAGCACCUCAGCAUCAACUAGAACAUUUGUUAUACAGGUCAACUCACAGGCUGAUAGAGAUGCCCUAAAAUCUGCAUUACCUUCAAUUUUAGAAUUAAGUCUAGAAAGUACUGAAAAUACUGAAAUUGUGUUGAUAUCCGAUGGUCAAAACAACAGAGGGAACAUUCGGUCAUCAAUUCAAAAAGCUGUUAGCGAGAAAGUAAUUGUAAACACAAUAGCUGUUUCACAAGAGGCGGAUAGCAUCCUUGCUGAAAUUGCACAAGAAACUAGUGGCAAACAUUGCAUAUACCUUGAAAAAUGUUCAAUCAGCUUUGCUGCUACGUUCAGUGAAUCAAUAAAAGACGAUAAUACUAUGUCAGCAAGCCAACAAGAAACACUUGUGUCUGAAAAGAUCGAUUCAACAAAUUCAACAACUCUCAAUUUUGACAUUGCAAUAGAAGAAAGUAUUGGAGCUAAUACGACAAUUACAGUUAUAUCGAGAUCAUACCAAGAACUACACCUUGAAGUUUAUGGACCAAAUGGAUUCACACAAGCACUGUCCAUGAACGGAACGCAAGUAACGAUGCUUAUUAAUGGUAUAGCCGAGGCGGGGUUAUAUCUAUUGACAAUAUCAAUGUCAAACCCCGAUCAAACUAUUGAAUAUUAUGUAAGUUCAACGCCUACAAAACCUGAUAUCAUCAAAAUCUCAACGCAACUUUCUGCGUCAAAGAUUGACGUUUCUUCUGGCGACGUCCCGGUAGCGUUUGCUACUGUUACGAAGGGAUACUCACAAGUAAUCAAUGCAUCGGUAGAAGCACAUGUUGAAGCUGAUAAUAAGCGAUGUACAUUGUCACUUCUCGAUAAUGGACAUGAUCCUGAUGCAUUUGCUGAUGAUGGUGUUACUCCGGAUACGUAUUUCCACGUUGUGCAUCUGGACAAAAAGGCAUGA